AUGGAGUCGCCCUCAGUCUCUAUUUACCUCUCCACGUCGGAAGAGGAGGAAGAGCCUAAGCAGGCAGUCUCCAAGAAGCAGAAGAAGGCGCCUGCUGCAAAGGCAAAUUCGCGUAGCACGUCACGAAAGCGUAAGAUUACGGCCGAAUCGGAUGACGAUGGCAAGGCAUCAUCACCCAAGACAAACGCCAAGACACCUCGUCGUAGCACACGAUCCACAGCGACCAAGAAGAGGAAAACAACAAAGACGAAGAAGACGACCCCAUCCAAGACUAGCAAGAAGGGCAAGGGCAAGGAGAAGCUCGACGACGAGGGAGAAGACUACCUGGAUGAAGAGGAAGAUGACGACGGCGAAAAGAAGCCAACCAAGAAGACAGCCAGCAAGACCGCAGCGAAAAAAGGCCAGGCUAGGUCCAGAAAGCGAAAGGCAACGACCGACGGCGAAGAUGAGGACGUGGGUGAGUCCGUGAACGAUGCGGUGAUCGACGAGAACGUGCAGCAGGAGGUCGAAGCCGCCUCGGGUCGCUGGGUUGUGCUGAAGUCACUGCGCAUUCCGCUCCUUCUCAAGUGGCGCACGCGCAACCACAGCACCGUUGAUGAGUCCGAGCUCAAGUUCAAGGUGCCUCCGAUGACGUUCAACUGCUAUGGUUGUGGACACUACAACAGCAAGCGAACGGAGCCGACGUGCAGUGGGUGCGGGUCCAGGGCACCUUGGAACGCUCAGGUGCCCUACCAUGAAGCACGGAGCAAGGCGCUGGCCAAGGCCAAGGAAAAGAAGGAACUCGAGGCACAGAAGGCUUUCAUGAAGACGCCUCUUCCGGAUAUCGACUCCUUCAAGAAGCCGUUCGCCGCGACAAUACUGCGAGGGGAGCGCUCGUACUACGAUGUCUAUGAACUCCGUGAUGCGAAGCAGCAGCCAGUUGGGCGUUUGGAAGGCUUCGCAAGCGCCCACCACUCCACAAUAACCGAACUGCGGAAGGUGCUCAAGGAGAUGCAAGGGGAACCUGAUGAAGCCGAAACCCUCCUCCGCGCUAGGCGAACGCCCAAGAAAGACAAGAAGCGAGCCGUAUGGGGCGACGAGAAGGACAAGUUCUCCUCAAGCAAGCUGUGGAAGACCAAGUGGAGCAUUCUGCCCCGGGAGGAGAAGAUACCGGAGGAGUGGAUCGCCGACAAGUACCACGGGAUGUGGUCGAAACAGACGGACACCCCGGAACAGUUUAAAGAUCAGUGGGAGUCGGGUGCCAUCCGAAUGGCACAGUUUGCGCUCAAGCUCGACGUAGGCAGAUUUGAGGCAAUGGUCAAGAACGGUCUGCCGAUCACGACGCGCAAUCUGGUGUUUGAACUGAUCUGGCAGGCGGGCAGGACCCACGCUGUCAUCGAUUGCAUGACGGAGAAGGACAAGUCCAUGGAAAUGUUUGAGAACAACUGUCCCACCGUGCCCCUCACCCAUCGCAAGCAGCCUGCUCGCAUCCAGACCAAGCUGUACGGCUACCAGCUGAACGCGCUCGCCUGGAUGAACAAUCUCGAGAAUACUAUCAAAGAGGGCAAGGGCUUCUCAGUGCCCAAGCUCACGAAGGUCGACUGGACGGACAUCCAGUUCAAUACGCUCAAGAAGCGCUUCCUUCUGCCCACCGAGAAGAAGGAGGCCUUAUUCUACACCAAGGGCGGAAUCUACGCGGACGAAAUGGGCCUGGGCAAGACGAUCACCAUGCUCUCUCUCGUGCUCGCCAACCCUCUCGACCUUACGCGUCCGCCCGCCGUUGACGAUUCACAUUUCGUCACCAAGGCCACCCUCAUCCUGGCGCCGAAUCAUCUGGUCAAGCAGUGGACUGACGAGAUCAAGAAGAACAUCAAGCCCAGCCUCGAUGUCCUGGUGCUCACUACCAUUGUCCAAUGUCAGAAGGUCACCUACAGGGAUGUCAUGAAAGCAGAUGUGGUGAUCGUGUCUUUCCAGCUGCUCAAGAACAAGAUCUACCUGCAGUUGGGCUGUAUCGACAACCACGGACCUCUCGAUAUUGUCGGUCGACAAUGCGAGGUGAAGACGAGUGCGCAAGAGCUGAAGAGGCGGGUCAACCCGUUGAUUGUCGACGAGGGACAUGAGGUCCUGUGCGACGAUUACGCGCAGAAGAGGACCAACUUUUACAUCAACGGCGCUCUUCGCUUCUUGCAAAGUCGGAUCCCAAGGGCGCUCACGAACCCGGUGGGUGAGCUGGAGCGCCGCUACUUUGAAACCAUCAGGCGCAACAUCUUCUGGCGCAACACCAAGGCGAGCAUCGGCGACGAGUACAACAUCCCGGAGAUCGUCGAGCAGCUGAUCUUCCUUGAACCCUCCGAAGUCGAGUUGAUCUCCGAGAUCGACCGUCGGGUGUUGGGCAUCGAAAAGAAGACGCUGGACGACAUCCGCAAGGAGAUGAUCGCGCACAAGCAGGACGAGGAGCGCCAGGCGGUCGAGCAACUGCGCGACGUCGAAGCCGAAGAGCGCCAGACACGGAUCGAACUGCGCGAGGCGACGGGGGCCUACGUCAAGCAGAGCCUCAAAACCAGGCUGAGCGCCCUCGCGACUUCCAUCGCCUCCUAUAAGAAGGACAUCGCCAACUACCGCGCCACCCUCGCCUACUUCGAGUCCAUCAUCCCUCAGGUGUCGCGCUCGGCCGAGGAGCCGUGUGUGAUCUGCUUCGAGACCAUCACGCAGCUCACCAUCACCCCGUGCGGGCACAUGUACUGCCGCGCCUGUAUCGAAAGCGCGCUGGGCGUGGCCUCGCGCUGUCCCACCUGCAGGAAUCCGCUCACUCGCGGCCAGCUCACCCAAGUCCUCGAAGAGGUCCGUGCUGACCAACAACACAACAAACAGGAGCAAAAGGAGGCGAUCGAGGAGAAGCAUGAGGUGAGCGGGCUGAUCCAGAAAUACGGCACCAAGAUGGCGCAGCUGAUCAAACUGCUGGGCGAGCUGCUAAAGAAGAAGGACAACCGUAUCAUCAUCUUUUCGCAGUGGGACGGGAUGCUCCACAAGGUGGGCGACACUUUGAAGGAGAAUCACAUCAACAACGUCUACGUUCGUGGCAAUGUGUGGCAGCGUAACAAGGCCAUCGGCACGUUCAAGGAGAGCGAGGACGAAGACCCCAAGUCGUCGCGCGUGAUCAUGCUCUCGCUGGAGAAGGCUGCCUCGGGCACCAACCUCACCGAAGCGACGCACAUCAUCUUGCUCGAUCCCGUGAGCGGCAAGCCCGAGGAGAUCGCCGCCAUCGAGUCGCAGGCCAUCGGCCGCGCGCACCGCCAGGGCCAGAACAAGCAGCUCACCCUGAUCCGGCUGAUCAUGAAGAACACCAUCGAGCACGAGAUCUACGAACGCAACAGCACCGUCAUCGCCGAGGCCAAGCAGGCGGCUGCCAACAGCAAGGCCACCUCCACCUCCACCUCCUCCUCGACGUCUUCGUCCUCGUCGUCGGCGCCCACCGUCACGAAACUUACGCUGGAUGAAGAGGAGGACAGCAGCGACGAAGACGAGAUGGAGGUCGAGAAGGAGGAGAAGAAGGGUGGAAAGGCAAAGGAGAGCUCUGAUGACGAAGAUGAGGACGAGGUGGAGGACGAGAAGGAGAAGAAGACGACGACAGCGACGAAGAAGAUGUUGGCCACCACCAAGAACGAUGACGAGGAGGAGGAGCAGCUGAACUUCACCCAACUCUACGCGUACUCGGUGGCCGAGCUGAAGGCCCACUGCCAGCGCCUCGGGGUGACGCAAUACGGCCGAUCCCGGAAGACGAUCACCGAUGCCCUCCUCGCGUUCCACAAAGAGUCCAGCAAGAAGGACGAGGGAGCAGAGGAAGAGGAAGAUGACGAUGGCGACGAGGGUGAGGCCAAGGAGAAGGCCGACAGCGACGAGAGCGAGGAGGAGGAAGCCGGCAAUCGGAUCAAGUUGGACGUGUCCAACCUCGGGAGCCACACCAUGGAGGAACUCAGGGCCUUCCGCGCGCAGGAGGGCAUACGCGGAGGCGGCAGGAGCAAGGCCGCCCUCAUCCAAUCCAUUGCCGACCACCUCGCCCGCAAGUGA